CCUAUCCACCGUGGGACACAUUCGCCGAUGGCACGCUCGAACGCCUCCCUUGACGUGGUUCCUGGGAAGGGUCCUUGAAGUGAGCCCCUGGCUGGGCUGCGAAAACGUUGGGCCCCUUGUGCGCGUGUUCGAGAUCUGGUGGACGACAAAACUCGUGACUGAAACAGUGAGAUUACGCGUUCUGAACCCGUUAGAUGAUAUCCUGGCAGUCUCGGUCCAUGUAUGGCACACUUUCUUUGGGCAUGGCAACGAGCCGAUGUAGUCUCAGCACGCUCUGGAGACUCCAUCAAGUUCAAUCGGACCAGCUAGGCUACAAUGAAGAGCUCCACGAAGACAUGCGGGGCUAUUCUGUGCUGCGCAGAGCUCGUUCAACUCGUUUCGAGAAUGAUACGCCGCCCUGGGUUGGAUCUCUCGACCAAAGCAUUACCAUCUCCACUUCAGAAAGCAGCCUGCAACAGUUCCGACGAUGAUAUGCCGCCUGCGUUAUGUUUUUCUUCCACGUGUUCGAGAAAAGUGACCGUGGCAUUGAGAGGUCAGCCGGACGAUCAUAGUUGGCGGCCAGAGGAUACGCACGGCUCUUCCAAAUCAGCCGCCUCACCUUUUUCUCGCGCCACGAGAAAGAUUCAUUCAAGCCAGCCGGGACUGACGACAAUCAGCGACAAACGACACAGCGUGCUGAACUGCCGAUGGGUUCCCGGCAUACUUGUUCAUCACCCGUUGCACAUACUUGAUUGAUCACUUGGGCGAAAACGGUGAAUGGCUAGCAGCCCUUGGAUUCUUUAGAUAAUUACUGACCGGCGGAGCGUCUCAGAGUGCCGCACAAGAUUCUGAAUUUUCUGUGAGCAUUUCGGAGGCGCUCUGAUAUAUACCCCACGACAAAGGACGGUCCCCGUCGUAGUUGGAAUGUCUCGUCACCAGUUGAUGGCUCAUGAUGGGUAGGUAAGAUCUGACGAGGCUGUCCGAAAUUAGCGAUGCCCUCCCUGGACACGCGGGGGAGAGUGUUUCACAAAUUCACACACAGUAGAACCAUCUGCUGUGCGAGAUCCGUUCAAUCAAGAAAAUGCAGACAUUGAUCGCUCGAGCGCCGUCUGCAGCAAUAGAAACGGCCAGUCACCGCCGACAAAGCACCGGCUGCUGUCGGGAGCAUAAUACUCACCGAUCAUCAGUACAGGCUGCAGCGUCGAGCUUGACUGCUGCUAGAGCACAAAAUACGAAUCCAAAGCAACAGAUUCCAGGAGAUGGUCGAAAUCACACCGAGGUGCCAGUCCCCGUGCCUACCUGCAAAGCAGCCCUAAAGGAAGAGCGCGGGAAUCGGUCGGACCUUCAGAAUUUGUUCAGAAUGGACUAACGCCUCGACAAAUGUAGUGGACCUGACGUCAGGACAUUUACGGCGCGGCCCGAAGAACCCAGCUCGCCCCCCGCAGUAGUCCCAGAAUACACACCGUCCCCACCCUCGUCCAUGUCGAACAAACAAUCUGAUUCGUACGGGACAGAUGCGGUGGGGACGUGGUCCUGCUUGAUAAGAAGCGAGCGGGAUUCUUCGGCACUUUGAGCCGGGGGAUGCGAUCGCCUGCCAUCGUAGCAGUCUGGGCUCGAGUGCGCUCCGGCGGGACGCCCGAGGCUGUGGGGAAAUGCGACGGGUCCAAGCAAAGGUAGCUGGUUGUUGUAGUUACCGCUCGCCGGGGCCGGUGGGGACUGCUGUUCCUGUGCUCUCACGAGCUGAACUUCAUCGCUGACACACCUCUUUAAGAGCUAUUUCGCCGAACUCUGCGAACGGCCGGUCGCAGACAGAAGGGAGAAACCUGAAAGCCGACCACACGGCGCGCAAGGCGCCUGCUUAUCGCAUAUGAGCUUGAGCCUCAAGAGACUAUGAGCAUACAUUCUCCACAGUUCCACUUGGCGGAAACCAGUCAGCGAAGGGGAACCUAGACAAACACGGGGAACACAAUCGAGUGUAUGUAUUUCGGGGAUCCGAUCCUCAAGCUUCGGGGUGUGUUGGAUCUGGAACCCCUCACGGCGUCUGUCCGGCGCGCGAGCAGACGGGACCCAACAGAGAAGAGAGCUCGCGGGGUUUUCACAAGCAGCUGGAGUUGUCGGAGAAUUGCACCCGUGCGGGGUUCAGGCACAGGGCCCGGUUGUCCGUUGGAAUAAGCAUAGCGCAGCCCUCUGAUCGCCGUUGGCCAAGCGGUCUCGAGCCCAACAGCACAGCGCAGCAACCCCAACAUAGGCACGCCGGCGCCCCGGACCGGCGCCCGGAGGAGACUCGCAUGAAUGUUCCAAGCCCGACAGUUCUGCCAGAGGUUCGCUCUGCAGCCGGGUGUGAGCGGCAUGUGUCUGAGAAUCAUUCGAGCAGUCACAAUGACUUGUAGACAUCGUCCCUGAUCCGGUGCGAUGUUUCAUUCAUUCAUUCAUGUAUCAGCCAGAACAGCCCAAAGCAAAUCGGCGCGGUAACCUUCGUCUGCUGUGCCUCGGCCAACGAACCACUCGGUUAGAGAGAGAAAAAACAAAGUGGUAUGAUGUGUCAUUACAUUUUGUUUUGUCGGCUUCGCCAUGGGCCAUGUCAACAGUGAGGUCUUGGCCCAUAAAUAUAUGAAUUCUCGUCGUUAAAUGGCCUGAUCUGAUCUCAAGGAGACUCGAACCACGUGUCGGCCCGGCUUACUCAUGGUGAUUUGUGGGCGACCGCGGAAUCUGAUCACAGCGAUCAGCCGAGGGUCAAAAACACACGCAGUGACGCCAACCAGCCCCACGCUCCCUCCUCCUCCCUCCCCCAUCCUUCUUGCCCUGAGUAUACCCAUGCCCGGCAGCAACGACGGCGCGACGCUGGUGGAAGCAGAGAAGCCGCACCUCGCGGCCGAGCCUCCGAUGCCGAAACACGAGCUUGACGAGCCCUCGAGUCCGGAGAACGAGAUCGCGGCGGCGGCAGAGCAUCCCGAGGGCCUGAAGCUCGCGCUCAUCACGCUCGCGCUGUGUCUAGCGAUCUUCCUCGUCGCCCUGGACAACACUAUCAUCGCGACGGCCAUUCCCAAGAUCACGGACGACUUCAAUUCAUUGGCCGAUGUCGGUUGGUACGGUUCCGCAUAUCUCUUGACGACGGCCGCGACGCAGCUGCUGUUUGGCAAGUUCUACACGUUCCUUCCCAUCAAAUGGGUCUUCGUCGCCGCGAUCGUCGUGUUCGAGGUCGGGAGCGCGAUCUGCGGCGGGGCGCCCAACUCGACGGCGUUGAUCAUCGGCCGUGCGAUCGCGGGUCUGGGGUCGGCGGGCAUCUUCAGCGGGGGCAUGAUUAUCAUCGCGCACUCCGUGCCGCUCGAGAAACGGCCGAUGUAUUCGGGGCUGAUUGGGGGCAUGUACGGGAUUGCGAGCGUUGCGGGGCCCCUCAUGGGCGGCGUGUUUACGGACAAGGUUUCUUGGCGAUGGUGCUUCUACAUUAACUUGCCCAUCGGCGGCGUCUGCUUGCUCUUCCUCCUCGUCUUCCUGCACAUCCCCCGAAAACCCGAACCCGCCCACGCCCAGCUGUCGCUGCUGCAGAAGAUCAACCACUUUGAUCCGUUCGGGACGCUGCUGUUCAUGCCUGCGAUCGUGUGUCUGCUGCUCGCGCUGCAGUGGGGAGGGUCGAAGUAUCCGUGGGGCAACGGACGCAUCAUCGCGCUGUUUGUCCUGUUUGGGCUGCUGAUCAUCACGUUUAUCUUCAUCCAAAUCCGGAAGCAGGAGAUGGCGACGGUCCCGCCGCGGAUCAUCAAAAUGCGCAGUAUCGGGUUCAGCUCGUUCUUCGCGUUCUCGCUCAAUUCGUCGUUCUUCAUCAUACAGUUUUACCUCCCCAUCUGGUUCCAAGCCAUCAAGGGUGUUUCCCCUGUUAAAUCCGGCAUAGACAACAUCCCGCUCGUGCUUUCCCUGAUUCUCGCAUCGAUCGUCGUCGGUGGGCUCGUGUCCAAGAUCGGGUACUACACGCCAUUCAUGCUCGCGGCGUCGGUCGUGACCGCCAUCGCCGCCGGCCUGAUCUCGACGUUCACGACCACGACCGGGCACGCGGAGUGGAUCGGGUACCAGGUCCUGUUCGGCUUCGGGCAGGGCUUCGGCGCGCAGCAGCCGCUGAUCGCCGCGCAGACGGUGCUCGAUCUGAAGGACGUGCCGAUCGGGACGAGCAUCAUCCUGUUCCUGCAGACGAUCGGCGGCGCGCUGUUCGUGUCCGUCGGGCAGAACAUCUUCACGAACACGCUCAUCAAGAACAUCGCGCGCAACGUCCCCGCGAUCGACCCCGCGAGCGUCCUCGCCGCGGGCGCGACGAACCUCAAGGGCGUGGUCCCCGCGGAGUCGCUCGGCGCGGUGCUCGUGCAGUACAACGGCGCGAUUAUGACGACGUUCCGCGUUUCGAUUGCGAUGAGCUCGCUGUCGCUCAUCGGGGCGCUUGGCACGGAGUGGAGGAGCGUCAAGGGGAAGCACAUAGAGAUGGGCGCCGGGGCGGCAUAGAUCGGCUAGCUAUUUACCUACUUUAUAUCCCUUGUUUAUGUCUGGGUUGGUUUCCAGUGUCUUGACGGAUUCUUGUGUGUUAGAUUAACUUGUGAGGGACUGUGCGCUGCCUAGUUACAAGACCUGGCUUGGAGCAAACAUAGGUUCUUCAGCUGCUGUAGACCAGCUAAUGUAUUCUGCUGAUAUAAACAGUAUC